CCGGGGCGGGGAGGGCUUGUGCUGGGGGGGCGGUGGCGGCGAGGCGGGCGCGCGGGAUGGAACACGGAGACACCGACGGAAUGCUCCGAAUCGCCACAUAAUCCCCUGGAACGGCCGAGCCGAACGCCAUUGGCUUCCUCCUCCUCCGCGCGCCGCCGCUGUCUCCCACCUCCGCCUCAUCGCCUCCCUCUCCGCCCGCUGCCUCCGGAGCUGGGGGGGAAACACGAAGCCCCACUGCAAUGGAGCCCGCCGCCGCGGCCACGGCGCAGCGACUCCCCGAGCCCGGCAGGGAGGACCGAGCUUCGGCUCCGGGGGCCGCCGCUGCGGCAGCGGCAGCGGCGGCGGCGGCGGCGGCGGCGGCAGCGGCCGCGGCGGCUUUGGCGGCGGCGGCCGGGGGCGGCCGGAGUCCGGAGCCUGCGCUGACCCCGGGGACCCCGAGCGGCGGGAACGGCUGCGGAGGGGCGCGGGAAGAGGCCCCGGGCGAGGCGCCGCUGGGGCCGCUGCCGGGCAGAGCAGGGGGCACCGGGCGCAGAAGGCGGCGCGGGGCGCCCCUGCCCAACGCUGGCGGAGCUGCCCCCGUGCCCGGGGCCGGCGGCGGCGCCAACUCCCUCCUGCUGAGGAGAGGGCGGCUGAAGAGGAAUUUGUCGGCUGCCGCUGCGGCCGCCUCGUCGUCGUCGUCGUCCUUGGCCGCUGCUGCCUCGCACUCCCCGAGCGCCGCCGGCCUUCCCGCCUCCUGCUCGGCCUCGGCGUCGCUGUGCACCCGGAGCCUGGACAGGAAGACGCUGCUCCUGAAGCACCGGCAGACGCUGCAGCUGCAGCCGUCGGACCGGGACUGGGUGAGGCACCAGCUCCAGCGCGGCUGCGUGCACGUCUUUGACCGCCACAUGGCCUCCACCUACCUGCGCCCGGUGCUCUGCACGCUGGACACCACGGCCGGCGAGGUGGCCGCCCGCCUGCUGCAGCUGGGCCACAAAGGCGGCGGCGUCGUGAAGGUGCUGGGCCAGGGGCCCGGAGCCGCCGCCGCCCGGGAGGCCGCCGAGCCGCCCCUGGAGGCCGGCCCCCGACUCGCGCCCCCGGAGCCGCCGGACUCCGAGGCGCCGCCCGCGAGGAGCGCGCCAGCUGCCGUCGGGGGUCCUCCGUGCGCGCCCCCCGCCGACCUGCCCCUACCCGCUGGCGGCCCGGGCGGGUGGACGCGCCGCGCCAGUCCUCCGCCCUCGGACUUCAGCCCCGGCGAGCCAUUCGCUGGGGGCCCUGCCUCUCCACCCCGCGACCCGCGACCUGUGGCCUCCGACACCGAGAGCUUCAGCCUGAGUCCCAGCGCCGAGAGCGUGUCCGACCGGCUGGACCCCUACAGCAGCGGCGGCGGCUCCUCGUCGUCGUCGGAAGAGCUAGAGGCCGACUCGGCCUCGGCCCCGACGGGGGUCCCGGGUCCGCCCCGCCGUCCCGGCCGCCCUGCGCAGUCCCGGCCGCCUUCCCAGACGGCCUCCUCGCCUCCGCCGCAGCAGAAAACCCCGAGGGCCGUCGACAGCCCGGGCGAGGCCGCCCGCGAGGGGCCGUGCAGGGAGAAGACGGCGACAGUCGCGGCCCCGGGAGGCCCCCAGUCGACCCCCAGGAGGAGCGGGGCGACCGCGGAGAAAGCGCCUCCGCCGCCCCCGCCGCCCACCCUGUACGUGCAGCUCCACGGAGAGACCACCCGGCGCCUGGAGGCGGAGGAGAAGCCAUUGCAGAUCCAAAAUGACUACCUCUUCCAGCUGGGAUUUGGGGAGCUGUGGAGGGUGCAGGAGGAAGGCAUGGACUCGGAGAUUGGCUGCCUCAUUCGCUUCUAUGCAGGAAAACCUCACAGCACAGGUAGCUCUGAACGGAUUCAGCUCUCAGGAAUGUAUAAUGUCCGUAAAGGCAAAAUGCAGUUGCCGGUGAACCGAUGGACAAGACGCCAAGUCAUCCUAUGUGGGACCUGCCUGAUAGUAUCAUCUGUGAAAGACAGCUUGACUGGAAAGAUGCAUGUUCUGCCCCUAAUUGGUGGAAAAGUAGAAGAAGUGAAAAAGCACCAGCACUGUUUAGCAUUUAGCUCCUCUGGACCCCAAAGCCAGACUUACUACAUUUGCUUUGAUACUUUCACAGAAUACUUAAGGUGGCUGCGACAAGUCUCCAAGGUUGCAUCCCAGCGCAUUAGCUCGGUGGACCUCUCGUGUUGCAGCCUGGAACAUCUGCCUGCCAACCUCUUCUACAGCCAAGACCUCACUCAUCUUAAUUUAAAACAAAACUUCCUAAGGCAAAACCCUAGCCUCCCAGCUGCCAGGGGGCUUAAUGAACUGCAAAGGUUCACCAAGUUGAAGAGUCUUAACCUUUCCAAUAAUCAUUUAGGGGACUUCCCACUUGCAGUCUGCAAUAUUCCAACCCUGGCAGAGCUGAAUGUGUCCUGCAAUGCCUUGCGAUCAGUCCCAGCAGACGUUGGAGUGAUGCACAACUUACAGACAUUUUUGUUGGAUGGAAACUUUCUACAAUCCCUUCCUGCUGAGUUGGAGAACAUGAAGCAGCUUAGUUAUCUGGGCCUUUCUUUCAAUGAAUUUACUGACAUUCCAGAAGUGUUGGAGAAAUUGACUGCUGUGGAUAAACUUUGUAUGUCCGGAAACUGUAUGGAGACUCUUAGGCUACAGGCCUUAAGAAAAAUGCCUCACAUUAAACAUGUGGAUCUAAGCCCACAGGUAUGUGAGUCCCUUGAGGAUGAGGCUCUAUCUCAGAGCCGCUCAUGUGUGGGCCUCCAAAGUCUCUCUGUCAUUUGGAUAGUAAUGUCUUUGUGGAUUUUUUUUCCCCUCCUAGAACUUGUUCAAGUUGAUGUUUACCCAGUUCCAAAUUAUCUGUCCUACAUGGAUGUUUCAAGGAACCGCUUAGAAAAUGUGCCUGAGUGGGUAUGUGAAAGCCGAAAGCUAGAAGUUUUGGAUAUUGGCCAUAAUCAAAUAUGUGAACUUCCUGCCCGCUUAUUUUGUAAUAGCAGUCUCCGGAAACUACUGGUAGGACACAAUCAGUUGGCAAGGCUGCCUGAAAGGCUAGAAAGAACCUCGGUGGAGGUCUUGGAUGUGCAACACAACCAGCUCCAGGAGCUCCCUCCUAACCUUCUGAUGAAGGCUGACAGCCUAAGAUUCCUGAACGCAUCUGCAAACAAACUGGAAAGCCUUCCUCCAGCCACACUUUCUGAAGAGACAAACAGUAUCUUACAAGAGUUGUAUUUGACAAAUAACAGCCUCACAGACAAAUGUGUGCCCUUGUUAACGGGACACCCCCAUUUGAAGAUUCUUCACAUGGCCUACAACCGACUUCAGAGUUUUCCAGCAAGUAAAAUGGCAAAACUGGAGGAACUGGAAGAAAUCGAUCUCAGCGGGAAUAAGCUAAAAGCCAUCCCAACAACCAUCAUGAAUUGCAGGCGCAUGCACACUGUGAUUGCUCACUCCAACUGCAUCGAGGUCUUUCCCGAAGUUAUGCAGCUGCCAGAGAUCAAGUGUGUGGACCUGAGCUGUAAUGAGCUAAGCGAAGUCACAUUACCAGAAAACCUGCCUCCCAAACUACAGGAGCUAGACCUGACUGGAAACCCUCGCCUUUUCCUUGAUCACAAAACCCUGGAACUACUGAAUAAUAUCCGCUGUUUCAAGAUUGAUCAGCCUUCUACAGGAGACGCUUCUGGAGCCCCAGCUGUAUGGAGUCAUGGUUACACUGAAGCUUCAGGGGUGAAAAACAAGUUGUGUGUCGCAGCCCUGUCGGUGAAUAACUUCUGUGACAACCGCGAAGCCCUGUACGGUGUGUUUGAUGGAGACCGGAACGUCGAGGUGCCCUACCUUCUCCAGUGCACCAUGAGUGACAUUUUGGCUGAAGAGCUGCAAAAAACAAAAAAUGAAGAAGAAUACAUGGUCAAUACAUUCAUUGUCAUGCAAAGGAAACUUGGAACUGCUGGGCAGAAACUCGGCGGUGCUGCUGUCCUUUGUCAUAUCAAGCAUGACCCUGUGGACCCAGGAGGAUCCUUCACCUUGACCUCUGCUAAUGUGGGCAAGUGCCAAACAGUUCUCUGUCGAAAUGGAAAGCCACUGCCUCUGUCCAGAUCUUACGUCAUGAGCUGUGAAGAAGAGCUGAAGAGGAUUAAACAGCACAAGGCCAUUAUCACUGAGGAUGGCAAGGUGAACGGAGUGACUGAGUCCACGCGUAUCCUGGGCUACACCUUCCUCCACCCCAGCGUGGUGCCUCGCCCCCACGUGCAGUCCGUGCUCCUGACCCCCCAGGAUGAGUUCUUCAUCCUGGGCAGUAAAGGGCUGUGGGACAGCCUGUCUGUCGAGGAGGCCGUGGAGGCCGUGCGCAACGUGCCCGACGCCCUGGCUGCUGCCAAGAAGCUGUGCACCCUGGCCCAGAGCUACGGCUGCCACGACAGCCUCAGCGCUGUGGUGGUGCAGCUCAGCGUCACCGAGGACAGCUUCUGCUGCUGCGAGCUCAGCGCCGGUGGGGCCGUGCCACCACCCAGCCCCGGCAUCUUCCCUUCCUCGGUGAACAUGGUGAUCAAGGAUCGGCCCUCAGAUGGGCUGGGUGUGCCGUCCUCCAGCAGCGGCAUGGCUUCUGAGAUCAGUAGUGAGCUCUCCACUUCCGAGAUGAGCAGCGAGGUGGGGUCCACGGCCUCCGACGAGCCCCCGCCUGGAGCCCUGAGCGAGAACAGCCCCGCCUACCCCAGUGAGCAGCGCUGCAUGCUCCACCCCGUCUGUCUGUCCAACUCCUUCCAGCGCCAGCUGUCCAGUGCCACAUUCUCAAGCGCCUUCUCUGACAACGGCCUUGACAGUGACGAUGAGGAGCCCAUCGAGGGUGUCUUCACCAACGGCAGCCGGGUAGAGGUGGAGGUGGACAUUCACUGCAGCCGGGCCAAGGAGAAAGAGAAGCAGCACCUGCUUCAGGUGCCGGCCGAGGCCAGCGACGAGGGCAUCGUCAUCAGCGCCAACGAGGAUGAGCCGGGUCUGCCCAGGAAGGCAGACUUCUCUGCCAUUGGGACCAUCGGGCGCCGGAGGGCCAAUGGCUCUGUUGCGCCCCAGGAAAGGAGCCACAACGUGAUAGAGGUGGCUACAGACGCCCCUCUUCGAAAGCCUGGAGGCUAUUUUGCUGCCCCGGCUCAGCCGGAUCCCGAUGAUCAGUUUAUCAUACCCCCAGAGCUGGAAGAGGAGGUCAAAGAAAUCAUGAAGCAUCACCAGGAGCAGCAGCAGCCCCCGCCGCCGCCACCGCUCCAGCCACAGCUGCCGCGGCACUACCAGCUGGACCAGCUGCCAGACUAUUACGACACGCCGCUAUGACCCAGCCGAGCUAUUUAACAAAUAAACGAACCACGAAAGACGAGUUGCGAGAGUCUCCCAGGCUCACAUUAAACCAGGGGUUUUACUCCACGUCCUUCCCCCAGACACUGUUCCCAACCUGUCAUUGCAGCUAAUCUGUAGGUUCUCUUUCUUUGGGUUAUUUUUUUUUUAAAUAAUCACCACUUCUAGUGAUGCUUUACCAAUACGAUUUACAUUUGUUAACUUCUCCUAACAUAUCAGAUAUGUAAAGACAAAGAACAAAAGGUUUAAUAUAUUACAGAGAAACAGUUAAUGAUAAUGUAAUAUUUUUUAAAAUGGCUUUUUUGUUUGGAAGGCAGGACAGGCUGCCAUUGCUAAAUGAUUUAAUAAUAUUGUAAUUCUGUAUUUCUUUGGGGGGGAAAGGCUUUUUUUUUUUUUUGUCUUGAAAAUAAUAGACAUUUGUAGAAUAUGGAGACUAACUCCUAGGAGUUGCUUUACUCUGUCAGGUGACUUAAGUCACUGGGAUUCACUAAUUUUCUCUGAGAGAACAGCUGAUUGAGAAUUUCUAUUGUAAAUAGCUCAGUGUUGUAUAGUGAGGCUUACAAUGUUUUGUAGUCUUGGCGUAAGGACACAGCCCAAGUAACUGAUGUUUCUCCUCCCCCACCCCACCCCAGGAGCCUGCCUGCCUCACAGCUCACCCUCACUUCACUGAAUGAGGAAGCUGAGCAGGCUGCAGCGUUUCUGUCUAGGGAAAGUGGAUCUUAGGCCACUGGACAAGAACCUACACCCAAGGGCCCUGAACCCAUUUCCUCCCGGUCCCAGCCCCUCCACUUUGACUGACAGACACUUGUUAACUGUGUUCUUACUGCUGCCACAAUCAGCAUGGCUGUAUAGUGCUCCAUUAGGCCAUUUACAUACCAGAGUCAUACUCAAGCAGAAUGCACAAAUGGACAUGUCAUAAUUUUUGUUAUAAUAAAUAUGAGAUUUACAAUUA